UGCGGAAAUCGAUGCCAAUCAAGUUGGGAAAUGAUCCUAGCCAAUAGUUUUGCUGCGCCCAAGUGAAAGAAUUCUUCGAACGAGUUCUUCGCGCUCGGCAGUUCGUGGACGCAAGCCAGCGAGAGAGCCCUCUCACGGAUCAUACAAGUACGACGGGCAUCGCGAACUUCCCCAGAUUUUAGAUCCCCGGAUUCUACUUCUGCAACCGUGCAUAUCGCUGCCUCUUCUCAGCAAAUCAUCGUUGCUCGCUCAACGUCUCACUCAUUCUCACCCCCUUUAAGGCUCAUCGAUCAACGUCUUCGGUGAAAUCAGUCACGAUGCAGCUGACUUCGCUCGCUGCCGCAGCGCUCCUAGCGCAGAAUGCCGCCGCCCAGUUUGGAAACUCUAUGCUGCGAUUCGCAUGCUCCCAGUUGGUCGUUGACCGAAUCGACCCCUUGGUCAACCCCGGCAUGAAGUACACUCCUCAUCUUCACCAGCUGGUCGGUGGUAACUCCUUGAACGUCACCAUGGACCCUCAGGUCCAUGAUCUGGCCUCCUCCACCUGUACAUCGUGCACAUUCAAGGAAGACAAGUCCAACUACUGGACCGCCGUCAUGUUCUACAAGGCCAAGAACGGAACCUACAAGCGUGUCCCCCAAGUCGGCAACGGUGGCCCGCAAGGAAAGCUCAUUAACAAGGGUGGUCUCGACCUUUACUAUAUUCCCAGCGGCAAGACUACCGCCUUCAAGAAGGGUUUCCGUAUGUUGGCUGGUAACGCCGCCAACACCGAUCCCAACAAAGUCCAGAAGUCAAACAUCUGCCACCGAUGCUGGACGUCGACUGACGAGAACACCUUCGUUGGUGGUGCUCCUUGCUCUGGCUCCGACACUGUUGAUAUCCCCAGCUCCAAGAGCUGCAAGAUGAUCCGACAGACCAUCAUCUUCCCUACCUGCUGGGACGGAAAGAACCUGGACAGCCCCGACCACCAGAGCCACGUCGCCUACAGCUCAGGCUCCGGCGCCACCGGCGGUGGUGCUUGCCCGUCCACGCACCCCGUCAAGCUCCCCCAGAUCAUGUACGAGCUGAUGUGGAACGUCACCGAGUUCGCCAACGCCGCCGACUUCCCCACUGACGGCUCCAACCCUUACGUCUACUCCAUGAACCUUGGUGGCCCUGCCGCUCACGGUGACUACCUCUUCGGCUGGGAGGGUGACACUCUCCAGAAGGCUAUGGACAACAUCGGCUCAUGCGGUCUCAACACCGACUGCGCUACCGCCGGUAUCCACGCCCAGACCCCCGACCAGUACAACGCCUGCACCAAGGAGCAACAAUCUCCCGAGGAUGUUGACGGAUGGCUCGCGGCUCUCCCCAUGGGCGAGAUGGCUAUCAAGGCUUAGACGGAACUUCUUUAGUGCGAAGCUUUAUAGGCAGGGGGAAUCCUACCGGAGAAAAGUUGAUUUCGGUCAAGAUGGCAUCGUCUCCUCGACGAAGCUUUGCUGGUGGGAUUUCCCCUCUGUACUAGCGAGAGAGAUAGAGAAACAUUCAUUUGCACGCGCGUUGGUGUCAAUGUUUGUUUUUGUUGAAAUUGUUAAAUAUGUUAGACGUUAGCCGUUGUCAUCGACAUCAUUUCACGUAAUUUAUACUUUCAAUUUUGAAUCGACCCUCAUG